AUGGAUAAUGCACCAGCUCCAGCUCCAAGCUUAAGGGGACCAUUCAGUAUCAGCGCACCAUCGUCAGCUCGGAGGACGCUUACAAGACAGCAUCGUUCUGUGGAUGUUGUAGGUGGAAUGCAUGAUCUAGAGUUAGGAUAUAAUAACGAUCAUUUGAUUAAUGAGCCUCUUAGCGUGACCACACAGUUUCAACCAUAUCCAAGCGCAGGACGAGGACCUUUAUCUAAUCCAGCUUCAACUAGUCCUGGAUUCUGGAACAACGGAAUACCUUCAGCAAUGAUGUACGGAGACGGAAUGGAUCGUGAUGGCUUAUUAGAUUAUAAUCAUUUGAGAAUAGAGUAUGAAACUGCAAUAGAUAAACUCAAUCAGGCUAUGAACAGCAUUAAAACAUUCUGGAGUCCAGAAUUGAAGAAAGAACGGCAGUUACGUCGUGAAGAAGCAUCAAAAAUUGCUAAACUGGAACAGUUGCUUCAGUCGGGACACAUAGGGAAUUCGUCCGGUGAAAAUGCUCAAUUACGUAUGGAAAUAGCAUCUAGAGAUGAACGAAUAAGACAAUUGACAUCGAUACUGGAUGACGGACCAAGCAGUGCAAAUAAUUUCUCAGAAGUGAGAGUAAGAGAGUUAGAAGACAAUAUCCUACAACUGCAAAGCUUGUUACGAGCUAAAGAGCAUCAAAAUUUGGGCCAAAUCGAUCCAAGCGGUCGUUUCGCACUAGAGAAUGCUUUGCGCCGCAUUGACGAGAAACAAAAUCGUAUCAAUGAAGUGGAACAAGAAUUAACAAGACUACGCAGUCAACGUAGUGGACAACCACGUGAUUUCACAGACAAAAGCAUUUCAAAUCAUGAUGUGGUAACUCUCCGUAUGAAACUGGAAAGAUCCGAAUUAGAAUUAUGUGAGAGAAAAACGGAAUUAUCAACUUCCCAAUCAAGAAUGCGAGUUGCUGAAGAACAGAGUGUGGAAAUGCGGUCGCAUCUACAACUUUUGAAAGAACAGUUAACUAAUAGAGAACAACAGUGUGCACUUCUUCAAGGAGAUGUUGAAGCUCUUCGACAAAAGUUAGAACUCAAGAAUGAGCAAAUGACUCAGAGAGAAGCUCGGAUCGACAAGUUAGAGAAAGAUCUAGUAAAUUCCAAAAACGAUACACAGGACAAAACAGAACAGAUGCGGCAGUCAGAUCUGAAGAUGUCGCAAUUAGUCGGUAGAGUGGAAGCAUUGGAAGCGAACUUACGUGAAAAAGAGCAAGAGCUUGAUAAGGCCAAGAUUCGUUUAUUGAGCCAUCCUGAUGUGAUACGAGAAAAAGAUAUGAAAGAAAAGAUUGAGCAAGGAGAGCGUGAAAAACAGAAACUUCAAGAGCAUAUAGAUCAGCUACGUCGAUGUUCAGAGAAAGAUAGAUUAGAGCAGCAGGAUACUUAUCAGAAAGAGCUAAGACAACUUCAAGGUAAUGUGGAUAACUUACAAAAAGAACUUCAAGACCGCGAUGUACUGUUAGAGUCACAGAAUGAAAAGAUUGGAGAUUUGGCAAGGGAGUUAGGAGCAGCACAUAAAAAACUACAAGAUGCCAUGGUGGACAAAGGGGCAGAUGAGCUACGACAAGAUGUUGAGUCAGCUAGAGGAGAGGUUGAGAAGCUGUUGAAAAUGGUGAAGCUGUUGGAGAAGGAUAAUAAUCAGCUCACUACACAAUGCAAGCAACUUCAGGGUGCUGUUGAAAACCGCUCAGGAAGUGAAUGUGGCACGCUGCCAAAGAAUGAUCGUUCUAUGCUCAGUAAUGUAUCAGCGAAUGGCCCACAGUCUGCUUUGAGAAAACGUGUCGAAGAGUUAGAAGAAGCUUUACGAGAGUCUGUUAGUAUAACUGCAGAGCGAGAAGUUCAUUUAUCACAACAAAAACAUUUACUACAUCAGGUUAACACACAGCUUUCGGAAGCCAGACGUGAAAUUUCGGAGUUGAAGAAGACUACAGGAAAUGCCAAUGAGCGUGAACAAUUAUUGCGUUCAAUGGAGGGUGAAAGAAGGCAGCAUCUUGAACAGCUAUUAGCCAUGAAACAAGAAGCUAUUCUUGCUGCUAUAGGUGAAAAGGAUGCUCAUUUAGCUCUUUUGGAAAAAGCUCGUGCUCCCCGCGAUGAAAUCGAAACGAUACGACGUCAGAAGGAAGCAUUGAUGAGAAAACUAAAGCAAGAGAAUGAAAGGAGAGCUCUGGUAGUUCGUCCCGAGUCAGCUGCUGGAAUAGCUAGUGUUGGACCAGGUGCUCUCACUGGUAUACCCACGUUACCGCAGCCUGUGCCAAGACAAGGAGAUCUCAUGACUGCAUCAUUAGAUGAUGAUGGAGAGGGAAUAUGGGCAUAG